CUGAAUUAGAGAGAGAGAGAGAGAGAGGCGAGGGGUGGAGUGGAGUGGGUGAGGCAAGGGGUGGAGUGGAGUGGAGUGGGUGAGGCAAGGGGUGGAGGAGCGGGCGUGUGACAGUGAAACGGGGAAUGUGGGAUUACAGUAUGGAAUGGGACGGAGGAGUGCAAGACGCGCCACCCAGGAGCGAAGUGGAAAUCGGAGAGGGGUGUGUUUUGAUUGGGAGUGGGAGGCAAGGCGGAGUAGGUCCAGCUACUCGCAGUGUUCACGUUGGCCCGCCGUUUGCUUUGAAAGGAGAAAACAAAGAAGAAGAAGAAGGAGAAAGAGAAGAAGAAGACGAAAAGAGGGAGGUAGGGGAUCGCUGCUAUCGUCCGCACGAUCGCCUUCGUCGUGGUUUGCGUGUGUGGGGUGUAAAGAUCAUCGCGGCGAAAUGUUUUUUGAGAAGAAGGAAAGGUUCUGGGAGCGUGCUAGUCGAUGGCAGAUGUUUGUGUCGGGCUGUGCGACUCUGGUGUGCGAUCGACGCCCGCGUCGAUGGAGUUGGGUAUGGAGCGAAGGACCUGGCGGACAACGACGACGACUACGACUACGACUACGACUACGACGAGGACCAGGACGAGGACGAGAGGAGUGUUUCGGGCGGCGAAUGGGAGGGGGACUGGAACUCACGACGCGGCCUGCGAGAAGCGGCUUCUGUCAAGAAUUUGGCGCGAGUAAUUACUUACUUCGGCCAUCGGCUGGAGCUCACGCCGGCGAGAGCGGUGACAACAACUUCGUCGAGGGGUGCGGUCACGACAAAAGGAAGGGAGAGGCAGAGGUUGGCGCCGGCGAGGAAGGGAGAGUGGAGGGUGAGGGUGGGGGGAAGAGCAGGGAAGAUGAGAAUGCGGACACGCUGUGCUGGUGUGUUAUUUGUGGGUCACAACAUAUUCGCGCCUCAGCGCGCUCCGCUGAACGCCGCGUACGUACGAGCCUACGGCGAGUUGUGUUGCUGGCGCGCAAUGACGUUCGUGGUUGAUGGCGGGCGGCGCGCGCCGAGCCCUGCGCACGGCGGCGGCGGCGGCGGUGGAGGUGGAGGUGGAGGCGGUGGCGCAGAUAUAGAACAGCAGCAGCAGACAUCGAAGUUGAUGAUCCGGGGAGGAUACGAUUCUCAGGAUGAUCUUGAUAGGACUCUUGUUACCCAGUUCGCUAUCGUCCAAGAGGUAUUGGGGAGCUUGGUGGCAGAUAGCGAGGUGCACGGUCGGCUUCAGGAUAAGGUGUCGGAGAGCGCGGCGCAUCACGCAGAGGUGGUGAACGGGUUGCUGUACGGAAUACUGACAGAAUGCCAAUCGGCGUCAAAAUACUUGUCGUACAUGAGCUACGUGACACGUGAUGGGUACGCCACGUGUCUGAGCACGCUGCAGAAAGUGGUGGAUCGGUACCCACGACUCCUUGAGGGGGUGCGUGUGCAGGUGUUGUGGGUGUUCCGGUCGCUGGUGGGCCUGAGAGCCAGCGAGGUGGAGAGUCUGGGCCUAUCGCUUCUGCGACAGAUUGCUGGCGGAGAUCUGUCACACGGCAAUAUCUGGUUGGCCUCGAAUCUUCUGGAUGUCUUCUGUGGAAAUCCUGCCUGGUUCUAUAGCAGUUCGUUGUUCACUUUCUCCUUGUACACUUACCUUCGACUCAUUCCUGAUCAUUCCAUGGGUCGAUGUCACAACCCUUCUCUAGGUCUAUUGCACGAGCUACGGCAGAAGGAGAUUGGAUUUUGUGUGCAGAUCUUGCGGGAGCGUUUCACGGAUUGCCUGAAGAUCGGCCGUGAUCUGGUGCGGCUCCUUCAAGAUGUGGCUACCAUUCCCGAAUUUGAACCCAUCUGGCGCGACCUAAUGUCCAAUCCGGCCGCGUUGAAUGCACCGAGCUUCACGGACCUGGCGGAGUUGUACGACAAGCGCACGCCAGGGAGGUAUCUUGCGUCGAGGGUUACGCCGGAGAUGGAGAAACAGAUCUUCUGGCUUCUCAGCCAGGUGAAAAUGGGCAACCAAAGAAGAUACCAGGUAUGGUUCGGGCAGCGCUUCCUGUCUACCCCCGAGAGCGAGACACUUGUGUGCGACCUUAUCCGCUUUAUCUGCUCCGUCACGCACCCCACUAAUCAGAAUCAGCCGCAAGGAGGACCGGAAAUUGUGCCCAGGUGGUUGUUGGUGGGAUGGCUUCUCAAGUACUGCAAAUCGCAACACGUCGAGGCCAAUGCGAAGCUCGCGCUGUUCUACGACUGGUUGUUCUUCUGUCCAGAGACGGACAAGGUCAUGAACAUCGAACCUGCGCUCCUGUUGAUCAUGAACUCUCUGCCCAAGCACGUGCCUAUCGCACAGUCGCUGCUGGAGUUCUUGUUUCUAAUGAUGGACGGCUAUGAUCCGUCCAGGAAGGCCAUGAUUAAACACAGCGUGCAGCUGUCAAUGAGGGCUCUCAUCUCGACAGGAGUGAUAAAGUCGCUGGAUGCGCUGGCGGGAUCGGACCUUAUCUCGCCUGUGCUGAGAGAGAAGCUAUGCCGAACUUUCCCCGCUUAUGUGCGCAUCGAUAAUGGCUCACCGAGGCCGAGUCUCGAGCCGCCCCCGCCAGCGCCCGCGUCUUCGCAACAGCAGCAGCAGCAGCAACAGCAGCGCGCCGGUGUCGCCGGGGCACGGGAAGGAGGUAAUGUGGCGAACAACAAGGAAGAGGAAGGGAGGGUGAAUGGAGGAGCAGGGGCUCCUAGAUUGGCCCAACAACAGCAGAGGCAGCAGCAGAAUCAUGUCCAGCAGGUGCAGGGGGGAGGGUGGUUGCCUGGUGGCGGGGGGGGGUCUCCUGGAGAGCGGUACGCGUGGCCAGUGGCGAAGGGGGGCUCGGGUGCGGGAGGAGGGGGUAGUGCCGCCAGCCCCAGCGCGGGGCCUGCUGUCGGAGGACCGGUCGUCCCUGGGGUUGGGAUCUCGGUGCCAUCCGGGGUGAUGACGCCCCGCCAACAUCGCCAAAUCCCCCCUUCUCAUCAGAGCUUUGGACCUGCGAGGGGAGGAGCAGGAGGAGGAGGAGGAGAAGAUGGGCAACCUGCGCCGCCCUUGAUAGGAGGCGGACGGCCGCGAGGCGGCGGAGGGGCGGAGGACCCCGCGAUGCGGUUCGCACAGGCGAGAAGAGAGGAGAGACGAACAUCAAUAGGACGGGGGGAGGAGCAGCAACAGCAGAAGAAGACUGAUCAAUUGAACGAGGCAGUGACCGGAAAGGUCGGUGCAAUGCGAGAUGUGACGUCGGAAGUACGUGAUGCCUUGAAUAGGUUGGUCGAGCGGGGACCGACUCUGACGCAGGAUAUGGCGAUGUCCAUCCUUCAGCAGCUUGUUGCCACGGCGUCGGGCGCGGGGAUGGGAGCGGGAGGAGGUGAUAGCACAGGCAGACCCGUCACGAGCGGGGUUGGGGGAGGCGUGAAGGAGGGUGCUUCCGCCGGAGGGGGUGGAUCGCGCAAUUCGAAAUCGAACCAUGUCGUUGGGGAGCAACUUGAAAAAAUGGACAGUGCCGAUGUCAGCGGAGGAGGAGGAGGAGGAGGAGGAGGAGGAGGAGAAGGGGGAAGAGGAGAGUGGGCUGCUUCGUCGUCAUUUGCAGAUGCAAUAGACAAGAAGCUCGGGAAGCAGAUCUUCAGGCCUCUGACGUCAGUGCCCACAAGUGCGCCAGACCCCGAGGAAACGGUGUCAGUAACCUCCUGUUUGGUGCAGUACUAUGUCGACACAUGCAGCCAGCAGCUUCGCACGCUUCUUGUGGCAUUGCAAGCGCGUGGACUCGCUGUUGGUCCGCGCCUUCUCUGCCAUGCUGCACGUGUGGGAGAGGUGGCUGCUUCCCGUAAUGCAGGACCUAUUUCUGGCAAUGCGGUUGGCCUUGGCGCAGUGGGAGAGUCGGGCGCUGUAGAGAGCUGGACCGUCAUGCGCGCCGACCCGAACGGCGGUGUUUGGGGGGAUGGGUGUGUGGGAGGAGAAGGGAUUGCUCUCCGCUCAGCAGCAUCAGAUGUGCCGAUGUCACCCUCUCCUUCUCUCAAAAGGCGCUCUCGAUCUCCCGUUGAUGAUCCGAUGAAGGUGGACGAAGCGCAGGGUUGCGGUGACAGUGGACGGGCGUGCGGAGGGGGAGAUGGGGAAGGAGAGCGGCGCCGAGGCGAUGCCGGGUGCGGCAUGAGCGCAACAAGGGAGGGUGCAUGCGUCGAGGAGGGUGGGGGAAGCUACAACAGGGCGAGGAGUGGUAUCGCCGCCGGCCCUUCCGCUCCGUGGCCCUUGGCCGAUCGUGGAAGGAAGAAUGCCGCCAGUGGAGGAUUAGCGGCGGAGGAAAGGGAGUUUAAGCGGGCGAAGAUGUCUGCGUCGGGAAGAGAAGGGGUGGGGACGGUUAGGGGCCGCGAAGAAGUGACGGCUAGAGAUGCCUUCCGAGCGUACGAGGAGUUUUUGAGAGAUGUGGGCAAAGGUCCUCCGCCAAGUCACGCCGCGCGCGGAAGUGGAGGCCGAGGAGCGGGAAGAGGAGGAGGCAGGGGGAAAACGGGUUUGCUUCCGAAUGGGAAGAUAGUGCACGGACGCGGGUCUACGGGUCUUGCGUUUCAUCAAGGAGGAGGAGGAGGCGGAGGAGGAGGAGGAAGCGGGGGGGAAGGUUGGGAAGGUAGCAGCGGAGAUGGAGGCGCGGAGGAGGCUAGAAUGAGAGGAGGUAUGGAGAGCGCGCUAUUAUCGGACCUCCAGACGGUUUUCUUGUGGAAUUCGGACAGAUUGCUCGCCGUUCUGCCUCACGUUUUCAGACACCUUCCACAUUUGGCAGUCGGCAACAAGGAGGUGGUCAGGCUGCUUGUGUGUGUCAUAGACCCUGUAGAGAUGUACAAUUUCGAGUGUAGGCUUGCGUUGUCCGAGUUUCGUGUAUUUGGGGAUCGACCGGGGCUGGAACGGGUUAUCAGGGCAUCAGUAGAAUGGGAAUCAAUGGAUCAGGCUGCCAUGUGGCGUCUUCUGAUUGCAGAAUCACAUGCUGCGAAAGCGAACGUCGCUAGAUCGGUGAUGCAAGUCCUAGGAGUUGUUGUUACGGUAUGUGGGGAUGCGGGUGUUGGUGUCGAGAUGUUAUCGGGGAUGCUGUCCUUGCUGAGGCCCGUGGUCCCCAACGGUCAGCUGCUGCAGGCGGUGCUCUCUCUACCGGAAAAGUAUGGACGGUUUUCGGGCGCGGUGCUGGCAGGGUGGAAUGCGAAUCACCACGAGCGGCUGCAGGAGCUGCAGCUGUUCAGGGUAGAGGGGGAACGAAGGGGAGAGGAGAGGGUGGUGGGAGGUACUGCGAAAGGGGGUAAGCAGCAGCAGCAGCGGCAGCAGCUGCAGAACGACACGGUUGUCGCCAGCGCGAUAGGGAACGGGGUGGGCUAUGGGGGAGGAAGGCGUGCCAACAGACUAAUGAUGGGGCAAGGAAGGGGUCCGGCGGAGCCGGCGAUGGGGAAAGAGGACGAGGGUGAUGGCUCGAAGAGGAAGGGCCCGGGGUUGCUUCUAGUGAACUCCAUGGCAUUCGGAGGGGGCGGCAAUGCGAGAGCGGAGGUCAAGUCACAGCAGGGAGAGGAGGCGGGCGGGAGUGAUGCAACAGCAGCUGCGGGAGGGGAAGAGCGCAUUGCGGAACACCAUAGGCAAUCUUUGGGCCACGAUGAUGCCGUGGCAACGCACGGAGGAGGGGGCAAGGCCCCCGACCCUAGGGAUCGAUCUCAAGCGGGAUUGAGAAUGGUGGAAAGGGGGGUUCAAGUGGAUGUGUGAGGGGUGCCAACCGGUGGUGGAACAGCGGUAGCGAGUUGCUAGGCCUCAGGCGUUGUAGUUUCAUACAAAAGUGACAGCAAUCGGUCAGCGUCAAAUGUUGAAUGGGUUUUGGGUUUUGUGUUUUGUUUGUGUGUUUGGUGGUGGUGGUGGCGGUGGUGAUAGAGAGUGGGGAGGGAGGGAGGGAGGGAGGGCGGGGGGCGGGGUGGCAGUGGUGACGGCGAAGUGCGGUGCGGGGAGAAAGGAGGUGCACAAGAACAACAGGCAGAGUCGUCCUGUGUGUGCGCGGGAGCUUGUAGAAAGAUGAGAGAAUUGGUAUUCCCUUUGUAACUCUGUCCAUCCGUCAUUUUCUCUGUGGGAAUAACAUAGAAGACAAUUUGAUCCUUGCCCUCUUCGUUGUUGUUUAGGUCAAUCCAACCGGCAGUGAAUUUUUCAAG